UAGGGAUGCCUCAAGGAGCGCCCUAAUGGUGUGAGGUGCUGUGUGUGCCCCCUGUGGGACCUGUUCUACCGUUGUGAUUGCUGUUGGUCCCACUGGUGACAGUGGCCUCGGUGCCUGGUGAUGGAGGACAUGGGGCAGGGCCAGACUGCAGAGUUCUGGGCCACCCAGCAGAACCGCUGGUCCUUCCCCGCCCUCUGGCCUGCGGUGAAAAUUCCUCCUGCUGAGCCAGGGCCGGUCUGUGCAUUUCCUGUCAAACCUGCUCCUGGCAGGUAGUGUCAGCCCGCAGGAGCCUGGUGUGAGCUACUAUGCUGUCUGCGGACCCAGUGGGGGCCCACGCUUGCCAGAAGGCAGGCCUUUUUAAGAAGAGUUUAGAAAAUCCAGGUCUUCCCUGACAGGUUUCUGUGCUUGGGUGUGAGCCGGAGCAGAAGCCGCUGCUCCUUCUCGCCAGGAGGCUUCUGGGGCAAAGGCUGUUCGACAAGCUGAUGAAGAUGACCUUCUACGGGCAGUUUGUGGCUGGCGAGGACCAGGAAUCCAUCCAGCCUCUGAUCCAGCACAACAGGGCCUUCGGCGUGGGCUCCAUCCUGGAUUAUGGAGUGGAGGAGGACCUGAGCCCCGAGGAGGCAGAGCGCCAGGAGAUGGAGUCCUGCACCUCGGCUGCAGAGAAGGAGGGCAGCGGCGCCAGCAAGAGGGAGAAGCAGUACCAGGCCCACCGGGCAUUUGGGGACCGCAGGGACGGCGUCAUCAGUGCCCGCACCUACUUCUAUGCCAGUGAAGCCAAGUGUGACAGCCACAUGGAGACCUUCCUGCGCUGCAUCGAGGCUUCAGGCAGAGCCGGCGAGGACGGCUUCUCAGCCAUCAAGCUCACUGCACUGGGGAGACCCCAGUUUCUGCUGCAGUUCUCGGAUGUGCUCACGAAGUGGAGACGGUUCUUUCACCAAAUGGCUGCAGAGCAAGGGAAGGCUGGGCUGGCUGCCAUGGACACAAGGCUGGAGGUGGCCGCACUGCAGGAAAGUGUGGCGAAGAUGGGCAUCGCGUCCAGGACGGAGAUUGAGAACUGGUUCACUGCGGAGACCCUGGGCGUAUCCGGCACCCUGGACCUGCUGCACUGGGGCAGCCUCAUCGACAGCAGGACCGAGCUCUCCAAGCACCUGGUGGUCCCUAACAUGCAGACGGGACAGCUGGAGCCUCUGCUGUCGCGGUUCACCCAGGAGGAGGAGCUGCAGGUGACGAGGAUGCUGCAGCGGAUGGACGUCCUGGCCAAGAAAGCCAGCGAGGCGGGCGUGCGACUGAUGGUGGACGCCGAGCAGACCUACUUCCAGCCGGCCAUCAGCCGCCUGACGCUGGAAAUGCAGCGCAGGUUCAAUGUGGAGAAGCCGCUCAUCUUUGGCACCUACCAGUGCUACCUCAAGGACGCCUAUGACAACGUCACCCUGGAUGUGGAGCUGGCUCGCCGUGAGGGCUGGUGUUUUGGGGCCAAGCUGGUGCGGGGCGCCUACAUGGCCCAGGAGCGUGCUCGCGCUGCGGAAAUUGGCUACGAGGACCCCAUCAACCCCACGUACGAGGCCACCAGCGCCAUGUACCACAGGUGCCUUGACUAUGUCCUGGAGGAGCUGAAGCACAACUCCACGGCUCAGGUGAUGGUGGCCUCCCACAACGAGGACACGGUGCGCUUCACGCUGCGCAGGAUGGAGGAGCUGGGCCUGCACCCUGCUGAUCGCCAGGUGUCCUUUGGACAGCUGCUGGGCAUGUGUGACCAGAUCAGCUUCCCACUGGGCCAGGCAGGCUUCCCCGUGUACAAGUACGUGCCCUACGGCCCUGUGAUGGAGGUGCUGCCCUACCUGUCCCGCCGUGCCCUGGAGAACAGUGGUGUCGUGAAGGGCGCCUUGCGGGAGCGGCAGCUGUUGUGGCAGGAGCUCUGGCGGAGGCUCCGCACAGGCAGCCUCUUCCACCGCCCGGCCUAGCACUCGAGGGCCACCACCACCCAGCGCGACUCGGCCUCCAGCUCUCCCCAGGAUGUGGCGUCCCAGGGCCCUCAGGCUUACACUGCAGCUACAGCCAACCCCAACCUCACACGGAUUUACCUUUUUACACCCAAGACUGUGCGACCUGCUGGAAGUGGGGCCUCAGUGCCUCCUGGACCCUGCCCAGGAUGUGGGCACUCAGGUGUGAGUCAAGUCUAACACCUGCCAGGGCUGCUGGGAACUGUCAGGAACUGCCUUACCGAGUGAGCAUGGCCCAUCUCUGCCCGCCACCACGCCCCUGGACUGGAAGGACCACCUUCCGCUAGGAUCCAACCCACAUACCCUGAGCCCCACAGGUGGGCAGUGGCCAGGCUGGGUAGUCGGCCUGGUCAAUAAAACACUUUCUGGGGGCCGGCCCCAUGGCUGAGUG